GUAAUUCACAUAGAUCGAUAUGAGAUGAAUACAGGCCUGUUUUAUUCCGACUGGGAGUUUCCAACCCCCAUGGCGUUAUUACACUUGCUUCCAAUGGGACUGGGUAGGGGGAAACAGUUUCUUCGAGAGGGACAGAGUAGACGGGAAAAGUUUAUUCGAGAGGGACGGAAUAGACGGAAACAGUUUUUUCGAAAGGGACGGAAUAAGCGAGAUCAGUUGAAAACUGUCAAAGAAAGUACAUAUAUAUGUGACAUAUUGGAGCUCGGGAAUCUCGGGAUACGCCAGUUUGAUGAACCAUUUUGGAUAAAAAAGAAUGGCAGAACUAAUGUGGAUGGACUCUUUGAGAACUGGUUUAGAACAGAAGAGAGAAGACAUGUAGUCGUGCAAGAUGACGCCCAAAAGGAAAGAGAAAAACUAAUCGAUAACCAUGCAGAAUUAAUCAGCGGGUUGGAUGAUGCAGAAAAAGGUUUUGGGCAAUCCCCUGAUUCCAUUUGGUCAAGGGAGUUUUAUGAAGAGGAACUCAGGACUAAGACAAAUUUGGACGAACUCCUUGAGACCAGGUUAAAAACAGAAGGGAGAAAAUAUUUUAUGGACGCAGUUGUGAACAAGUGA